AAUUGAGUAACCAAUGAGGAUUUCCGAUUCAUACUCCACAUACACAUAAAAGCACGUUUGAUUAUUUUGAUUGUUUUCUCACUUCUUUGGUAUCGACAAGGCGCGUAAUAUUUCCGACGAAACCCGCUGAUAACUAAACAAUGGCCCGUACUAAGCAGACCGCUCGUAAGUCCACCGGAGGUAAAGCUCCCCGUAAGCAGCUGGCCACAAAAGCAGCCAGGAAAAGUGCGCCCUCAACCGGAGGCGUGAAGAAGCCUCAUCGUUACAGGCCCGGUACCGUCGCUCUCCGUGAAAUCAGGCGUUACCAGAAGAGCACAGAGUUGCUCAUCCGUAAACUACCAUUCCAGCGCUUGGUUCGUGAAAUCGCCCAGGAUUUCAAGACUGAGCUGAGGUUCCAGAGUGCUGCCAUUGGCGCUCUUCAGGAAGCCAGCGAAGCCUACCUGGUCGGUCUCUUUGAGGAUACCAACCUGUGUGCUAUCCACGCUAAGAGAGUCACAAUCAUGCCCAAGGACAUUCAACUGGCCAGGAGAAUCCGUGGUGAACGUGCAUAAACUGGAACCUUGUCAUUUAGUGUGAACCUGUAUAUACAUAAAUGAAGCAAAAACAAGUAAAGUAGAUGGCACUAAGAUGGGCAGUGGGGCUGGGUCCUGCCUCCCCCUUUUUAAUAUCGGAUUAGCAACACCGUACGCAGAAGGCAGUAUUCAAGAGACGAUUCCAGAUGUUUCAUAAUCAGGGCUUCAUAACGAGCAAAUCACAUAACACAUGUACGCUGCAUUCUGAAGUUUGUUGCAGACCUCCACAUUGUUCACAAUCGGAUUGGUAAAGAAGACCAAAUGUUUUCGACAAGUUUACCCACAGUGCAGAACAAACGAAUAAGGAUGAUUAGCACAUCUUUCUCUUUAAUAGUCUGUCAUAUCUACCAGACUUCAGGCAAAUAUUGCUGAAAGGGUGUUUGAUCAAAAACCCUCCAGUACAAAACAGAAAAGGUCGUUUGUUCUGCACUGUGGAGAAAUUAUGAUAAAUAUUAUGUAUGCCUACCACCAAGAAAACUGAUCUUGUUCUCGUCAUUGUGGACUUUGUGUGAUGACGAAUCACUUGAAUCGUGUCUGUACAACAUUCAUUCAAUCAUCAGGGAUUGGUGAAUUUUUUUAGCCAUGUGACAUUUUGUAUGUUUCUUUUUAUUAUUGUUGUUGUAACUUAUAUUUAAAGAAUUUUGGUGAAGUGUUUCAGUGGUGUUUAUCAAUUACAUGUAGUUGAAAUUGUGUAAUUUGUUAGACUGUUGUACAUGCAAUCAAGUUUUUAUGCCCCUUUCAACUCUGACCUCUAUCUAGCCCAGCAUUUUUAUAUAUAAAUUUAAUUUUUCAUGUCACCCAAAUGACCCAAUGCAUUAUAUUAAACUCAACCAAAAAUUUCUUACAAAUUAUGAUACAAACAGAAUCUAACAUAAAAAUCUUCCUACAUAGUUCAGACACAAAAUAAUGGUCACUGAAACAAUAAACUUACUUUACUUUCAAUUCAGAAAUGCUAAUUUGAUGUUACUACAUUUACUUCUGAUAACUUUUGGGGGUGUGGGCUUAUUUUGAAGAGAUACAACAACUAUUGUAUUUGAAUGUAAACUUUAUUGUGGGGGGGGGGGGGGAGUAA